AUGGGUGUCUGGACCUCAGGCACCAAUAUCUUCCUCAGUCUUUGGAGGACGUAUGUGUCUCCAAGGAGCCUUGGAUGGAUGGACUUCACCCAACAUUUGGGCACUUGCUGUUUUGUUGCUUUCAUUUCCGUGGGCCUCCUCUCUGGGGCCUUCUCCUGGUUUCUGUCCUCAUUCGUAGUCUUCACCACCUCCUGGAUGGUCACGUGUGCUCUGCUGUGCUGCUCUAAGCAUGCACGGUGUUUCAUUCUGCUCUUCUUCCUCUCGUGUGGCCUGCGUGAAGGCAGGAACGCUUUGAUCACUGCUGGCACAGGGAUAGUAAUCUUUGGACACGUGGAAAAUAUUUUUCACAACUUUAAAGGUCUCCUGGACAGUAUGACUUGCAACCUAAGGGCAAAGAGCUUUUCCAUCCAUUUUCCACUUUUGAAAAAAUAUAUUGAAGCAAUUCAGUGGAUAUACGGCCUUGCCACUCACCUAAGUCUAUUUGAUGACCUUGUUUCUUGGAACCAAACCCUGGAGGUCUCUCUUUUUAGUCCCAGCCAAGCCCUGGAGGCACAGCUCAAUGACACUACAGACAGAGCCCUGCGUGUCUUGUACCAGGUGGUGACAGCGACAGAGGUGUUGUCUUCCCUGGGGCGGCAGCUAUUUGCCCUCACAGGGCUUCUGCUGGUGCUACUUGGCACUGGCCUCUUCAUGAGGCGAUUUUUGGGCUCUUGUGGUUGGAAGUUUGAGAACAUCUACAUCACCAGACAAUUUGUUCAGUUUGACGAGAGGGAGAGGCAUGCACAGAGGCCCUGCGUCCUCCCGCUGAAUAAGCAGGAAAGGAAGAAAUUCAUUUCUGGCUUCCAGUCCUGA